AUGAGUACCAGCAUAGAGGACAGUCCUUCCAGGCGGCUACAGGAAGUAUCUGAGACUGUUUAUCAGCAAGAAACAUCUCGGGGCUCGCCUGCUACGGUUUUGGAAGACGUUGUUCCCCCCAAAUAUGGAGAGGAACAGUUGCAAGUAGACCAUGUCUCUGCUAUCGUUGGCGCAAAAGCCGGACGACAAAGUGGGAUUACUGGUAGUGACGAAGACCUGCACGGCAAAGACGCGCGACUCUCUCCAAGCUUCUUGGGUGAAGUGAGCGACCUGCGGUUUUUUAAUCUCGUGAAAUCUUUCCUGCAAGCCCAAGAUGACCCUGGCGUGUUGCAUAAGGCCUUCGAUAGAUAUGACCAGGACGAGAGCACAAUGUCUGAUACCUCCAUUCAAAGCGUUUAUUUGCCAUCUCCCGAAGACGCCAAACCGUACACUGAUGCUUACUUUUCCACAAUUCAUGUUGCCUAUCCGUUUAUCCCUGAGUCGCUAUUUAUGGAGGAGUAUUCAAGGAUAUACACCGGCGACAAGCAGAAGAAUGAGAGCAACAACACCCAGACCGCACUUACAUAUACAAUAUGUGCCAUCGGAGCAUUGUACACCUCAUUGUUCGACCACGGAGACGCCGUGAAUUCACCGCAUGAAAAAUACUUCUUGCAAGCACUCAAGAUAACGCCAACAAGUAUUGAGGAACGAUCAAUAGCCCACGUCUCGCUUUUGCUUGCACGGUGUUUUUAUCUCUUGGUUGCGUCUAGAACUGAAAGUUGUUGGACAAUACUUGGACAAGCUAUUCGAGCAGCACAGUCUAUAGGCCUACACGUUGAGAAUCAGGACUUGUGCCAUUCGGAGCUGGAAGUACGGCGCCGAAUAUGGUACUCACUCUACGUACUGGAUCGUCUUCUAUCCUUGCAGCUAGGCCGACCGCCUGCAAUCCACGAUGAUGAUUUCGACGUCCCGUUGCCAUCUCGUGUGAGUGACUCUGAGAUUGACUGGGACGGGAAUCGCAUCGAGGAAGGGGACCACGACAUCCCGUCCACAGGCGACUACUUCCUAGCAGUGAUUGCCUUCUCUGGCAUUGUAGGCCGCGUUCUCCGCAGUUUAUAUUGUCCGAAGCGUAGUCAGUCUACGGCAGACAAGCUUUCGAAUACAAAUAAUCUUGACCGGCAGCUGCUGGAAUGGAAGGCAGAACUACCACGAUUUCUUCGCUUCGACUUAGGUCAUGCCUUUGAGCAAUCGGACAUCUUCAAGAGACAGCGAAACAUGCUAGCCAUCAAGUACCACCACCUUCGAGCAUUGAUAUACCGACCAUACUUGUGUCACCCACUUCUUAUGAAUGAGAACAAUGCAGACACGUCCAUUCAAUUCGAUUGGCGAAUAAACGCCUAUGAAAGAACUUGCAUUUCAGAAGCGCGCGAAACUGCGCGAUUACUUCACAGCAUUUCCAGCAAGGAAGCUCUCGUCAGCAGCUUUCCAUGGUGGCAGAUGAUCUCGUGCUUAGUUUGCGCAAGCUCGAUAUUACUCGUCUCUAGUAUUUUCGUGAUUAUCGGCCACGAACCCUCCGCUGAGUAUGACAUUGCCGGCUUAUAUGACGAUGCAGAAACGUGCCUCAAAGUCUUUGACGCCCUGAGUAGCCAGUCAUCCGGGGCACGAGUAGCACGAGAUAUGAUGAACGCUCUGAAGGAGUAUAGCCUUAGGUGGAAUUCGGGCAAUAUAGGCCUGAAAGGCUCCCCAACACGAGCUGAAGGGGCCGAAUGCACGCUUGGUCUUGCUGAACAGAUGAUUGAUCUGAGUAGCUUUCCAACCUCGUUAGAGUCCGCAGAAUCUAGUCAGUCGUUGUCGUUUACGGACAUGCCAGCGGCGAACUAUUGCUGGCCAGCGGAAAUUGUGGACUCUAUGGCAUGGUCGGCACAUAUAUUGGACAAUACUCAGGAGAGGCUGGGUCAUUGUGACUUUGGCGAGUAG